AUGUCGAGCCUUGUACUGAAGCGGUUUUCCUCGACAUUCACUGCGAAACCCAUCCCAUCGAAAGCCCAUCAUCACAUUCCUCUUCCAUCCUCCUCCUUUCCGAGUGGAUAUGCGCUCACCGGAAUACAUGCAGGUGUAAAGAAGCAAGCAGGCGUUCCCGACCUCAGCGUCAUCUUGUCGACCUCAGAGCACCCGACCUCGGCCGCCGCCUGUUUCACCCGCAAUGCGUUCAAAGCAGCCCCAGUGUUAGUAUCGGACGAGGUUCUCAAGAAAAAUGGAGGUUGGGCCAAGGCAGUUGUCGUAAACAGCGGAUGCGCAAAUGCUGUCACUGGCAAACAGGGGAUGGACGAUGCAUGGGCGAUGGUGAAAGCGACAGACGCCCUCCUACCGCCCUCUGCAAAAUUCGAGCAUCAAACCCUCGUAAUGUCAACUGGGGUAAUCGGCCAAAACCUCCCCAUCUCGAAAAUACUCUCUGGUAUCCGCGAAUCCAAGGAAACGCUCAACUCAGACUUCUCAGCUUGGGAACGAGCCGCUCAAGCGUUCAUGACGACCGAUACCUUCCCUAAAUUACGCUCCCGGGUAUUCAAAAUCAACGGCUUCGAGUACCGUAUGGCUGGAAUGGAUAAGGGUGCAGGGAUGAUCCACCCUAACAUGGGUCCAGCUACAACAUUCAAACCAAAGCAGCUUCAUGCCACUCUCUUGGGAUGUAUUUUGACGGACGCUGCAGUAUCCCCGAAGAGUUUGCAGGACGCCCUCACGUACGCAGUGGACAGAAGUUUUAAUUCUAUCAGUGUGGAUGGGGAUAUGUCAACAAAUGAUUCCAUCUACGCCCUCGCCAACGGUGCUGCAAAAGGGCCGCUAAUUGACGAGGAGACCGACAAGGAAGCUUAUGAGGUGUUCAAGAAGGAGCUAACUGAUUUCGCAACGGAUCUGGCGCAGUUGGUUGUGAGGGAUGGCGAAGGCGCAACCAAGUUCGUCACAGUGACAGUCAAGGGUGCGCCAUCAUACCGAGACGCACAUAACAUUGCAUCCCGCAUAUCUACCUCGGCUCUCGUCAAGACAGCCCUUUACGGCGAAGACGCGAACUGGGGUCGCAUCCUCGCUGCUUCAGGAUCCGUCCCAUUAUUGCCAUCGUCCUCCACGGGAGAGCCUCUGACCAUCGACCCAACAAAAGUCAGUGUGACUUUCAUCCCGUCCGACGGCACCUCUCCACUUCCAGUGCUUGUCAAUGGCGAGCCCGAGGUAGUGGACGAAGUACGAGCAAAAGAGAUCAUGACCCUUGAAGAUUUUGAAAUAUUUGUCAAUUUGGGAAUGAGCGACGACCCGGAAGGAGAGGCUAAGUAUUGGACCUGCGAUUUCAGCUAUGAAUACGUACGGAUUAACGGUGACUACCGCAGUUGA